UCGCGGUGCGGUGCUGGCCCAGCCCCGACACGGACCGGGACGCGGGACGACGGAACAUCGCGGCCACGCAACGGGGAGGCGGCGCGGGACGGGAGACUUCGGAACCUUUCGGGGCCCUUCGGAGCGUCUCGAGCGGCCGGCGGAAGAAACGCAACCGCGGGACCCGCCCCGGAACGCGGGGACCGAACAGACACGGGCAGCACCGCGUUGAUCCGCCCCGAGGCUGCGCGGCACCGGCACGGAACGGAACGGAACGGAACGGAACGGAGCGGUAUUGCACGGUAUAGCACGGCACGGCACGGCGAAAUGGUGCCGGAGCUGCAGAAAACCACGGUCCGCAUCCAGCAGCCGGAGCGUGUCAUGGGGGUCAUCAGCGCCAUCAAGGAGCAGGGCAGCAGCAAACUGCAGGUCAUCUCUGACUUCGACAUGACGCUGAGCAGGUUUGGCUGCAAUGGUCGGCGCUGCCCCACGUCGCACAAUAUCCUGGACAACAGCCGUGUUAUUAGCGAGGACGGCAAGAAGAAGUUAAAAGAUCUGCUGCAGCACUACUACCCCAUCGAAAUCGAUCCCAACCGCAGCCUGGAAGAGAAGCGUCCCCUGAUGGUGGAGUGGUGGACCCGGGCCCACGAGCUGCUGACACAGCAGAAGAUCCAGAAGGGAGAUAUUGCCCAGAUCGUCAGGGAGUCGGAUGUGAUGCUGAGGGAUGGAUUCAAUGAGUUGUUUGAUCAGCUGCAUAAAUACAAUGUGCCCAUGUUCAUCUUCUCUGCUGGUGUUGGUGACGUCCUUGAGGAGAUUAUCCGUCAGGCCAACGUCUUCUACCCCAACGUCAACGUGGUGUCCAACUACAUGGACUUCGAUGACAGUGGAGUCCUCAAGUGCUUCAAAAGUCCCCUCAUCCACACCUACAACAAGAACAACAGCGUGCUGCAGGGCACCGCCUACUUCCAGCAGCUGAGCACACGGACCAGCAUCAUCCUUCUGGGGGACUCCAUGGGCGACCUGACGAUGGCAGAUGGCGUUCCCAGUGUGGAGAACAUCCUCAAGAUUGGCUUCCUCAACGACAAGGUGGAGGAGCGGCGGGGGAAGUACCUGGAUGCCUACGACAUUGUGCUGGAGAGCGAUGAGACGUUGGACGUGGUCAAUGGGAUUCUGCGCUACAUCCUCAUGGAGACAUGAGCCGGGCAGCAGCGCCCCGACCCGGCCCGUCAGCCACGCGCUGGGAUGAUGAGCACCCUGAGCAAAGCUGGACGGGUGUGCUGGUACCUGCCUGAAUCCAUCCCCGAGCCGGGGUGGUCCCUCUGCCCCAGCUGUUGUGUUGCAUCCCAAACCUCACGGCUCUUCUGGUCAGUUCAGAGCUGAUCUGGAGCGAAGCAAGGAGCCCGCCCUGCACCCUGCGUCCCACUCAGCCUCCAGCAGCAUCGGGGCCACAGCAAACAUUCAUGUUCUGGGAGAGGCAGUUCUGUGCUUCUCUCCAGCAGCUGAGCGCAGAAUCAGGGGCCAUUUGCUGUGGCUUGAACUGAAGCUGUUCAGUUUUAGUGCAUUCUGAUCUGAGGAAACAAGCACUGCUGCUGUUAUCCUGUUUUCUGUGGCCCCGAAAUGCUCAGGCUGAGCCCCGGCUGUGGGGAGAGCAGGGCUGGGUGGUCCCAUGGCCGCAGGAGGUGGGUGCUGGGGAUGCUGUGGCUGCUCUGGGUUUCCAUGGGCUCCAGCCCCAGCCCUCACCCCGCAGCUCACUCACCAUCUUCCACACCAUGGGCUGCUCAAUGUCACAGUGGGCAGUGCGGAUCUCCUCCGCUUUGUUGGAAUAAAUUCAUUGACUGAG